AGAGAUAUCCAUUUCCAAAUCCCACACGGAAAGGAAGCAAGCGUGUUUCUCGUGGCUUGGGCACAUACGGAAGCACACGAGAAUGGCGUGGAGUCGCCGCCCACGCAUCUCUACGGAGGAUCCUCUGGAUCGAGCAGAAUUUGCAACGCCAAAGAAACCAAGCACCGAAGCAACAUCAUCUUCUCAGCGGAUUAAGAAGCUGGCCUGUUGAGCUACUCGAUCGACACCUGCGAAGCAAAUCAGAGCAGAGCAGAGCAUAGAACUGAACAGAUAGCUAGCAAGCGAGAGAGAUCGCAACAAUAUGAGGAAGCUGGUGACGGCGUCGCUGCUGGGCGCCCUGGGGCUGGCCGAGCUGGUCGUCAGCGUGGUCGUCCACCUGACCUACGGGUUCUACCUCUUCACCAUCGCCAUCCUCCGCGACCUCUCCCGGCUGGCCGGCGUGCCGAAGGACGCCGUCGGCCACGUCCAACCGGAGGCCGUGCUCGACGGCUCGGUGCCGCCGAUCGUGCUGGUCCACGGCGUCCUCGGGUUCGGCAAGGGCAGGAUGAGCGGAAUGUCCUACUUCGCCGGCGCGGAGAAGAAGGACGACCUGGUGCUAGUGCCCGACCUGGGCUCGCUCACGAGCAUGCACGACAGGGCCCGGGAGCUGUUCUACUACCUGAAAGGAGGCCGGGUGGACUACGGCGAGGAGCACAGCAGGACGUACGGGCACUCCCGCUUCGGCAGAGCAUACGAUCGCGGGCACUACCCAAUGUGGGACGAAGAGCACCCGGCCCACUUCGUCGGACACUCUGCCGGCGCGCAGGUCAUCAGGCUCCUGCAACAGAUGCUUCAUGACAAGGCAUUUGACGGGUACGAGAACACCUCUGAGAACUGGGUGCUGAGUGUCACCUCCCUCUCUGGCGUGCUCAAUGGUUCCACGACAGCCUACCUCGGCGGAAUACGCCCAGAAGAUGGCCGGUCCAUCAGGUUCAUCUGCCUCGCCCAGGUCUACCGAGUGGGUACCAUCAUCUACCACUGGCUCGACAUACCCUGGCUCAGGCGCUACUACGACUUCGGCUUCGACCACUUCGGCAUGUCUCGGCGCGCAGUCGGUGUGUCGGGCCUAUCCAGCCUCCUCGCCGGCGCCUCGGGGCCGUUCGCCACAGGAGACUGGAUCCUGCCGGACCUCACCAUCCAGAGCGCCGCGAGGAUGAACGCCGACGUGCGCACGUUCCCUCACACGUUCUACUUCAGCUACGCUACCCGGCGGACGACCAAGUUGUGCGGCGUCACCGUGCCAUCCGGCGUGAUGCGCAUUCACCCUCUUGUGUUCAUACAUGUCAUGCAGUUGUGUCGGUGGCGCCACUUCGCCGCCGCCGAGCCCCCUUGCAAAGGUUACAGGGAUGAAGAUUGGGAGGAUAAUGACGGAGCGUUGAACACCUUCUCGAUGACACAUCCUCGGAUUCCAGUAGAACAUCCGAGCCUCUUCCUAGAGGAUGGCUCGGACUGCCAUCAACUUCGACCGGGAAUCUGGUAUUACAAGAUCGUGGAGGCGGAUCACAUGACGUUUGUGAUCAACCGGCCCAGAGGAUGCGUGCAGUUCGAUCUCAUAUACGACAACAUCUUCCAAAACUGCAGAAAACAUGUGUUCAGGACGGCUCCACCUAUAUUACCAAAUCAAAACUCAACCUAGAUUACCAUCUUCAUUUAUGGUACUCCCCGAAUACAUGAUGUAACACAUACCCAAAAGGGAAACCAAUCUUUCUCGCUUGACGCAAGAC